AUGACAAUCACACUUUCCUUUGCUGCAUUGUUCUUACUGUAUUUCUUCACUUUCUUUCAUGCUUAUCUGCAAUAUCCCUUGCCUGACACAGAAGAUGCAAAGUUCAUUGAAGAUUGUGUGAGAGCUCACAACACAUUUCGCUCCAAAGUGAAUCCACCAGCCAGCAAUAUGCUUCGCAUGUCCUGGGAUGCUGCUUUAGCUAAGACUGCCAAAGCAUGGGCAAAGAAGUGCAAGUUUGCCCACAAUGCCAACCUUAAAAUUCCAGGAAAAAUGCACCCCACCUUUCCAUUUGUUGGAGAAAACAUCUGGACUGGCACAGCCCACAUCUUCUCUGUGGAUGAAGCUCUCAGGUCCUGGUUUAGUGAAGUCAGCAGCUAUGAUUUCAGCACCAAUAGAUGUACUGACAUGUGUGGUCACUAUACUCAGGUCAUCUGGGCAGAGAGCUACAAAGUUGGCUGUGCAGUUCACUUCUGUAAUACAGUUGAAAAUUUUCCAGGACUGUUCCAAGCAGCACAUUUUGUUUGUAACUACGGGCCACCGGGGAAUUAUCCAAGAAAACCAUAUAAAGAAGGACAGCCAUGCAGUAGAUGCAGUAAUGAGAAGUGUGUAGACAGGCUCUGUGAAAAUACAGAACGUGAGAAGCUGAUAAGUUAUGCCAACUGGUAUCCAGACUGGGAUACACAGUCCCCACCACAGCCCCAUCCCCCCAGGCCUGCUGUCCCACCUGCUGAGCAUUCACGACCCUCUUGUGACCAAUACUGUCUUAGUGUUUUAAUUUUAAGGCCACUGUUUCUCAUAUUGAGUGCUGGUGCUGUACUUCUAGUACAACAGAAAUUUCCACACACUUUUUUUUAUGUGUAAUGGUCAGUUAAGACACUGAUUGUAAUCCUACUGCUGUAUUACUCUCACACAAUUGCCACACAUUUAAAAAAAGAUUUGGUCAUCUCUCGCUGUCCCUGCAGCAUUUAUCCAGCAUAGGAAAAGCUGCUUCUUCACUCAAGACAAAAUAUAAGUGGCUGUGCAUAGAGGUAGUAUAAUUUAUUGGCAGUAGCUGCAACAUGCUCCUGUGUCUGUACAAACCUCUUAGCUCUAGGUUGCUAGAGGGAGAACAGAGACUUGAUGUGACUUACUCCAUGUGCUAACAAUCCUUCUGGAAGCCUGGAGCAUCACAAAGACAUGUCUGAAGUGGCACACUGUAUCCAAAAGAGGCAAUGAUUCAUCUUCAUUAACCUUCAGUUAUUCCGGACACAAUU